CAGCCAUCGGUGUACAAGUGUACUCAAGAGCUAUCGCAGUCAUGCCUGGAAAAAGGGAAGUGACGGUGGCAUGCACACAGAUCUCGUGCAGCUGGGACAAGGGAGACAAUUUGGCAAAAGCAGAGAGGCUGGUCCGGGAAGCAGCAGGUGCAGGAGCAAAUAUCAUCUUGCUGCAGGAGCUAUUCGAGACGCCCUACUUCUGCCAGGACCAGAAGCAGGAGCUCUUCGAGCUGGCACGCCCCUUUGAGGGCAACCCAGUGCUGCGGAGAUUCGCUGACCUGGCAAAGGAGCUCCAGGUGGCAUUGCCUAUCAGCUACUUUGAACGCGCCAAUAACAGCUUCUUCAACUCUCUUGCGGUCUUCGAUGCCGACGGCACCUGCGCUGGCCGCUACAGAAAGUCCCACAUCCCAGACGGCUGCGGGUAUCAGGAGAAAUUUUACUUCAACCCGGGCGACACAGGCUUCCAGACAUUCCAGACCAGGUUUGCCAAGAUUGGCGUGGCCAUCUGCUGGGACCAGUGGUUCCCUGAGGCUGCCAGGUGUAUGGCCCUCAUGGGAGCAGAGGUGUUGUUCUACCCGACAGCCAUCGGGAGCGAGCCCCAGGACCCGAGCUUGAAUUCGUACCCGCACUGGACCCGCGUAAUGUGCGGGCACGCCGGCGCAAACCUGGUGCCUCUGGUGGCAUCCAACAGGAUAGGGGAAGAGAAGGCUGAGUCAGGCAGCAUUACUUUCUACGGCGGGUCCUUCAUUGCCGGUCCGACAGGAGAGAUCAAAGCACAGGCAUCACCUCCUUUGCCAUCCUGCUAA